AUGCAGCACCUCCCCGACGAGCUGGUGCUCCACAUCAUCUCGUACCUCGAGCCUUCGGAGCUGGCCAACCUCCAGCACAUCAACCGCCACUGGCUGAAUCUGUGUCGCGACAACAAUCUGUGGAAGUCUCUCUGCUUCUCGCACUCGGCUGCUGAGCGCCGCCGCCGCCGCCUCCAACUCUCGGCCGACAUUGACCCGCGCCUGGCUGAGCUGAUCCGCGCUGCCGACACUCUGUCCAACACCUUCGACACUUCGGUCCACGACGAGGAUGCCCCGGGCGCCGACGCGCAGCACGAACGCAGCAGGGAGAAGCGGAGGCAGGCCUUGAUCGCGAACUGGGACCCGAGCUAUCCUGCCGAAAAGGUCAACUGGUACCAGGACUUUAUACAGCGACAUGCCGAGGAGAGGAUUGGCUGGUUCCAGGAUGCGGGCACUGAAGUGAGAGACGACGGCGAUCCGAGGAGAGAGGCUACAGGCGCAGGCAUACUGUUUGACGGCGACGGGCUGGCCGACAAGCUCAUUGCACCCCUCGAUGACGGCAGCAUCACCAUAUGGGAUGCGUCGGCGAGCAGCGACCACCAGGGCAAGAUUGUUGCCAAGAGCGACAUUGGCCUGCUGCCGGCCAAGGGCUCGGACCUGGACUUGGAUACCAGGCUGACCCAGAGCCAAGCCAUCAUGACAGAGACGGGCGCUGUCGAGUGUGUGAGCAUCGAUAGCAAGCUGAACAAGGCUUUCUUCGCCGUGCAGAACACGCUGAACGAAGUCGACCUCAAUACCCUCAAGGUCGUCUCGCGGACCCCAUAUCCCUUUCCCAUUACCGCUCUGUCUGAAGCCCAUCACCGCACGCCGCUGACGGUCGGGACAAACUGGACGCUGCAUCUUCACGACACGCGAAAGCCUCCCCAGGCCGCAUCCUCGGUGCGAUGCGAACUCAUUGGUGGUUCAACGGACACGUCCUUUUCGCGCCUCGAAACAGGCGAUUUUGGCGGCCAUGUGUCACUCUCGCAGCCAGGCGCCCUCUCGAUUCUACACCUACCCACAGCCCGGGAGUGGGACGGCAACGGAGAUAUCUGGGUCGGCGGUCGCUUUACCAGCAUGCUCAACUUUGACCGCAGGUUCUUUCCCCGACUCCGCGGUACCGUGCACUCUGGCGCACGACUGUCAAGUCUAACCGCAAUACCGUAUCCCUUUGUGCCACAAGACUUCCGCCUUGGCCGACCACACUCGUCGCCUGCUUUGCUACGCGAAGUCAAGUCGAUUCCUGGUCACACUCUCAUUACGGCGGGUGAAUACAAAGGCAAAGGUUCACUCGAGCUAUACGGCCUCUCGGGCGAGCCAACGCUGUCCAUCAAUUCCAGCGAUAGCCGCACGACAAUCAACCACAAAGCCUACUAUCAGAACAGACAGACAGCCAGUAGCUCCAAGCUGCUUUCUGUCGCGCCCCACGGCACGCGCCUCGUCUUUUCCGAUGGCGACGGCAACGUCAAGUGGGUAGAGCGCGACGGCUCCACCCCCGUGCGUCAAUUCAACAUCAACG